UGGUCAAAAGUGCAUUCAUAUCUUCAUAAUUGCUUAACUAUUGAGUAAUUUAUUGGCCUAAUUUAAUCUAACUAUAUCAUAUUCUUGCUUUAUUAGGUCUGGGACUUGGAUGUGGACAAGUUGACUUUAUCGGUCAAGUGCUUUGUAUAAUUAUCUUUUGGGAGGAGAUAAGUGUUCCCACGUGCCUAGCUCUCCAUUCUUUCUUCUACAUAUUGGAAGGCACCUUCCCUUGCCUUGCCGCAGCCCAAUAUCACCAAAUACCCAGAAUCAAUAAACCUUAAUUAAGGGGGAGUGAAGGAAAUUGAAUAAGUAUGAAGAGCCCAAUCUCCGUGAAAUUAGAGAACCAAGAUCGACAUCAUAUCAAGAUGGAAGGAGAUCUCCCAAUUAAACCAGAUUCUGAGAAGAAGUGGAAAGCAAUUAAACUUCAUCAAAUGGCUCCUAGUAUUUUGGGGAUUGGAUUCUUCUUCAGAUUUUCUUGGGGGCAAAAGUGAAAGGUUAUAAAGAGAGUUUAUUCAUCAUUCUGUGUUUUUCUCACUGCUCUCGGUGGAAACGACACUCGUACUUCUGAGUCUAUACUACUACGCGACUCCUGCACUUGGGAUUAGCAAGCAAUUUUUUGGCGCCGGUCGCCGGGGAGCGUUUGACGAAGCACACGGAAUAUUUCGACAUUUGGUACAUUCGUUCCAUUUUCUUUUUUUUCAUUUUGUUAGUGUUAGUUAGUUUAGUUUGUUUUCAUUCUUAUGCGUUAUAGAGAUCAAUUAGGUAGAUUUGCUAAAAAGCCUGAGUGUGAAACUUUGUUUGGCAAUUUGUUUGAGUCUUCGAGUUCGUCUGCAUCAUCUGUAAACAUGGAAGACGACGACAAUAAUAAUGUAAACAAUGACCAAAACAAUGUUUUGAAUAAUGUGCUCAACAAUAAUCUGCUUCCCCCACCUCCUCCACCUAGGACUUUGCAGACUUACUUGCAUCCUGCACGUAAUGCUCAGCCUUCUUGCAUCAUGUUACCACCUAACAUGCCCAACAUUGAUUUUAGACCUGGCAUUGUUCAACUUCUUCCUGCAUUUCAUGGUUUGGAAAAUGAAAAUCCAUAUGUGCAUGUUAGGGCAUUCGAGGAAGCAGUUACUGCAUUUUAUGAUCAAGUUGCAGCCGUUGAUUUUGUCAAACUAAAAUUCUUUCCAUUUUCGUUGCGGGACAAGGCAAAAGCUUGGUUGUAUUCUUUGGGGGCUAGAUCUAUAGGUUCUUGGGCUGAAAUGACUGAAGCAUUUUUCAAUGAGUAUUUUCCUAAUCAUAAGACAAUGGCUUUAAAGAGAAAGAUCGCUAAUUUUGCUCAAAAUGAAAAUGAGUCAUUGUAUCAAACUUGGAAAAGAUUUAAGGAACUCUUGAGCUUAUGCCCACAUCAUGGUUUUGAAACUUGGCGGUUGGCCAGUUGCUUUUAUGAGGGACUUCUCCCUCGUGAUCGUCAAUUUAUUGAGUCUAUGUGCAAUGGAAAUUUCCUGAAAAAAGAUCCUGAUGAAGCCAUAGAGUUUUUAGAUGAGAUUGCUAAGAAGGCUCACCAAUGGAGUGACUCUUCUACUUUUGAGAGCACAGAUCGCUCUAAGCCCUCCACACCUUCUGUGAGUAAAGGAAUUUUUCAAUUAAAAGAAGAAGACCACUGGAAGAUGAAAUAUGAGACCUUACUUGCUGGUUUGAAUAAAUCUCACGUGCCUCAAACGGUUAAUUGUAAUCAAGUUUGUGAUUAUUGUUAUGAGAUUGGUCACCUUGGUCAAAAUUGUCCUUCUUUGCAGGUGAUGAAUGAGCCACAAGUGGCUGCAUUGGGAAAUUUUCAGCGACAAUAUUCACCUUAUUCGGAGACUUACAACCCAACAACAAAGAAUCAUCCCAACUUUCGUUGGCGGAAUGAGUCUCACCCUCAGGUAAGUGUCCCUAACCCUCAAUUUUCAGCACCUAAUACAUUUAAUUCUAAGCCAUCUCUGGGAGACACUCUUCAGACAUUCAUGCAAGAGCAGCAAAAACAAAGUCAAAGGUAUGAUGCCAUGUUCACUAAAUAUGAUUCUAUGUUUGGUCAGAUAGUUGAAGAGAAUAAGGAAAUUAAGAAUCAGAUUUCUAAAUUAACCAAUUCUCUUGCUUUUAAUGAAAAAGGGAGGUUUCCUUCUAAUACUGAGCCAAAUCCCAAACGUAUCAAUUCGGUUGAAAUAGUUGAGCGUGCUGAUUCUAUUACUCUUAGGAAUGGAAGAACAAUUGAAAAUGCACCUCCUGUUAAAGAGGUAGAGAAACCUAAGAGUAAAAAUGAAUUUGAUGAGUCUAAAGAGAAUGAAAUUGUUGAAAAUCAUUCUGUGCCUGCACCAUUUCCCAAAGCUUUACUUCCUUCAAAGAAAGUGAAUCAGAAUUCUGAAAUUUUUGAUCUUUUUAGGCAAGUAAAAAUAAACAUUCCCUUGUUAGAUGCAAUUAAGCAGGUGCCAUCUUAUGCAAAAUUUUUGAAAGACUUGUGCACUGUGAAAAGGAAGCAUAAUGUGAAGAAAACUGCAUUUUUAGCUGCUCAUGUUAGUUCAGUACUUCAAAGUAAAAUUCCUCCAAAAUACAAAGAUCCCGGUAGUCCUACUCUUUCUUGUGUCAUUGGAGAACAUUUUAUUGAUCGUGCUUUACUUGAUUUGGGUGCUAGUGUAAACUUACUUCCUUAUUCAGUGUACCUGCAGCUAGGUCUCGGUGAGCUUAAGCCUACAAAGCUUAAAUUGCAGCUGGCUGAUCGUUCUGUAAAAAUUCCAAGGGGAAUGAUUGAGGAUGUGUUGGUCCAAGUGGACAAAUUUUAUUAUCCUGUUGAUUUCUUUGUUUUGGACACAGAACCUGUUUCACACACUGAAAAUCAAAUCCCUGUUAUUUUAGGACGUCCAUUCUUAGCUACAUGUGAUGCUAACAUUAGUUGCAGGAGUGGAGUGAUGAAAUUGAGUUUUGGAAAUAUGACAAUGGAAGUUAAUAUUUUUAAUGUGUUUAGGCAGCCAUAUGGAGAUGAGGAAUGUGAAUUUGUUGAUUUUAUUGGAACUCUAAUGCAUGAACAAUUUGUGAAGAGCAGCGUUGUAGAUGUGUUAGAAAAUUUCCUCAUGAAUUCAAAUGAUUCUAAUGUUGCUGAAAUUGCUGAAAUAAGUUCAUAUUUUGGUUCUUUUCAGGUCCAAGGAGUGAAUGGAUGGACGCCUAAGUUUGAGAAGCUUCCACCGCGAGUUGAGAGCAAACCAUCAAGUGUAGAGGUGCCAAAACUGGAACUGAAACCUCUGCCAGCAGGCCUAAAACAUGCAUUCUUGGGUCCAAACGACACUUUUCCUGUGGUAAUAUCCUCUUUACUUACUGUUGAACAGGAAGGUAUGUUGUUAAAUGUCUUGAAGGCCCAUAAAUCUGCUAUGGGUUGGUCUAUUGCUGAUAUUAAGGGAAUUAGCCCUCUUGUUUGCACACAUAAGAUUUUCUUAGAAGAGGAUGCUAAACCAUCUAGGGAGCCACAACGUAGACUAAACCCAAACAUGAAAGAAGUUGUAAAAACUGAGGUCUUGAAAUUGUGGGAUGCGGGUAUUAUUUAUCCAAUUUCCGACAGUAAAUGGGUUAGUCCUACACAGGUUGUACCUAAGAAAUCUGGAAUAACAGUGAUCAAGAAUGAUAAAAAUGAAUUGGUUCCUACUAGGGUUGUUUCUAGUUGGCGCAUGUGCAUAGACUAUAGGAAACUUAAUUCCGCAACUAGGAAAGAUCAUUUUCCCUUACCUUUCAUUGAUCAAAUUUUAGAAAGGGUUGCAGGCCAUGAGUUUUAUUGUUUUCUAGAUGGUUACUCAGGUUAUUAUCAAAUUGAAAUUGCCAUUGAAGAUCAAGAAAAAACUACUUUUACAUGUCCAUUUGGUACGUUUGCUUUUCGUAGAAUGCCAUUUGGUUUGUGUAAUGCUCCUGCCACAUUUCAAAGAUGCAUGAUUAGUAUUUUCAGUGACAUGGUAGAGCAAUUUCUUGAAGUUUUCAUGGAUGACAUAUCUGUUUUUGGUGAUUCAUUUGAUGAAUGUUUGUCUAAUCUAGAAAGAGUGUUGAUAAGAUGUGAAGAGAAAAAUCUUGUUCUGAACUGGGAAAAGUGUAAUUUCAUGGUCCCUUCUGGAAUUGUUCUUGGUCACAUUGUUUCUUCUAAGGGAAUUGAAGUAGACAAGUCUAAGAUUGAACUGAUUGCUAAAUUACCUGUUCCAAAGAGCAUAAAAGAUGUUAGAUCAUUUUUAGGACAUGCUGGUUUUUAUAGGAGAUUUAUAAAGGAUUUCAGUGCCAUAUCUAGACCUUUGUGUAAUCUCUUGUCUAAAGACACUCCAUUUGUUUGGACUGAUGCUUGUCAGGUUGCUUUUGAAAGAUUAAUUGCAUUACUCACUUCUGCUCCUAUUAUGCAAUCACCUGAUUGGAAUUUGCCUUUUGAAAUUAUGUGUGAUGCUAGUGACUUUGCAAUAGGGGCUGUUUUGGGGCAAAGAAAAGAUAAGAAACCAUAUGUCAUUUACUAUGCAAGUAGAACUUUGAAUAGUGCUCAAAUGAAUUACUCAACAACUGAAAAAGAGCUCCUUGCGGUAGUAUUUGCAUUAGAUAAAUUUCGUGCUUACCUUGUUGGAUCGCCUAUUGUUGUUUUCACUGACCACGCAGCUUUAAAAUACCUCCUCACUAAGAAGGAUGCUAAGGCUCGACUUAUUAGGUGGAUCCUCCUACUCCAAGAGUUUGACAUCACUAUCAAAGACAAAAAGGGAGUCGAGAAUGUGGUGGCAGACCAUUUAUCUAGAUUGGUUUUUGAUGAAAAUCCUGACUUGCAGCCUAUUAAUGAUUCUUUUCCUGAUGAGCAGCUUUUUGUUAUUUCGGAAUUACCUUGGUAUGCUAACAUUGUUAAUUAUCUUGUCACAGGUAAAAUCCCUCCGGAUUGGAAUGCACAAGAUAGGAAAAAGUUCCUGGUGGAGGUACGCAGUUUCUUUUGGGAUGAUCCUUAUUUAUUUAAAUAUUGUGCAGACCAAAUUUAUAGGAGAUGUGUACCUGAGAAUGAAAUGCAUGAUGUGAUUUCUUUUUGCCAUAAUGAAGCAUGUGGUGGCCAUUUUUCUGUUAAAAAAACAGCUGCUAAAAUUUUGCAAUGUGGAUUUUAUUGGCCAACUCUGUUUAAGGACACCAAUGCAUAUUGUCGAACAUGUGAGCGUUGUCAAAAGUUAGGAGCGAUAACUCGUAGAAAUAUGAUGCCUCUGAAUCCCAUUUUAGUCAUUGAAAUAUUUGAUUGUUGGGGCAUUGAUUUUAUGGGCCCGUUUCCUUCAUCUUUUGGAUAUCUAUAUAUCUUGGUAGGCAUUGAUUAUGUAUCUAAAUGGAUUGAGGCUGUUCCUUGUCGGAAAAAUGACCAUAAAACUGUUUUGAAAUUUUUGAAAGAAAAUAUUUUCUCUAGACAUGGAACACCUAGGGCUAUUAUUAGUGAUGGGGGUAAGCAUUUUUGCAAUAAGCCUUUCGAGGCCUUGAUGAAGAAAUAUGGAGUUACUCAUAAAGUGGCCACCCCUUAUCACCCACAAACAAGUGGUCAGGUUGAACUUGCCAAUAGGGAAAUAAAACAAAUUUUGGAAAAAACAGUGAACCCAAACCGUAAGGAUUGGUCUUUACGACUAAUUGAUGCACUUUGGGCUUACCGUACAGCUUAUAAAACCCCAAUUGGUAUGUCCCCCUAUAGAUUAAUCUAUGGAAAAGCUUGUCACUUACCUGUAGAAUUGGAACACAGAGCUUAUUGGGCGAUCAAGACAUUUAAUUUUGGUCUGAAUGAUGCAAGUUCUCUUAGGAAACUUCAGUUGAAUGAAUUGGAAGAAAUUCGGAAUGAAGCAUAUGAAAAUUCUAGGAUUUACAAGGAACGAAUGAAAGUUUUCCAUGAUAAGAAAAUUUUGAGAAAAACUUUUGAACCUGGUCAAAAAGUUCUUUUGUAUAAUUCUAGAUUGCAUUUGUUUCCUGGUAAGCUUCGCUCUAGGUGGACAGGUCCGUUCGUGGUUACAAGAGUUUUUCCAUUUGGUGCUAUUGAAAUUGAGGACCCAAAGAAUGGUAAUGUGUUUAAAGUUAAUGGGCAGCGUUUGAAACCAUUUUUGGAGAAUAUUGUUCUAGAGGAUGAAACCAUCUCUCUAGAAAAUCCUAUCUAUGCAGAUUGAUCUGUUGGACUCUUAGUCCCUUUGUUGUAAAGUGUAAAAUUGUUUUCAGUUUUGUUUGUUUUUCUUUUCUUGUUCGGUCACUAACAAGUUGCAGAGUAUUGCUUGGGAACAUCUCUUCUUUCAGGUGCACUCUUUCCUACUCACUCUUUACUUUUAAUGACUUGUCUGUUAUCUUUUGCUAUUGAUCAUCCCAUUGAGGACAAUGUUUCUUUGAAGUUGGGGGGAGUAGCAACUUGUCAGUUUUGUCUUAGUGCAUUUAUGUUUACUGUGUAUUUCAAUUUUGGUACUGUUCAUCGUCGUCACUGUUCACAUAGUGUUAAAAAAAAGAAAAAAAAAAAAGGAAAAUAUAAAAAAAAAAAAAUUAUUAGUUUGUGUCAUAUUUCCUUUGAGGUUGCCUACUUCCCAAUACGAUGAUGAGACAUUAGUGAUACUUCCUGUAUGGCAUGAAGAAAUACUUGAGAUUUUGGUGGUUAAUUUGAGAUAUGAGCGUUAGCUUUGCAUGUUGUCCUUUUGCAAGAUAAUCUUCAUGACAUUUGGGGUUGUUUCAGCCAUGUUAGUAUUGUUCAAGGUUUUGGAAUUUACAUGGACUGGAAAGUCAUAAAAUAAGUGGAGACUUAUAACCCAAAGUGAGAUUUGAGCUAUUCUUUUAUUGUUGAGGGUUAUAUAUGAAAUCUUAUUUUCCUUCUGUGCUAAAUACAUUUUUGAUGAUCUCAUUAUUCUUCUAUUUUGAUCAACCACCGAGGAUUCAUUGCCUUGGAUUAUUACACUAGAACUUCCUUUAAUGUCUCUCGAAGCGUAAAAGUUGACCACAUGAUGACUGGGAAGGGAUUAAGGCACUUAGGAUUACCUCCAUUGCCAUAUAUGCCUGUGUCCUAUACAAUCAUCCCCUAGAUAACCAUUUUGAGCCUUAAAAUAAGCCUUUUUCAUUCUUAACCAUAUUCUCCUACCAUGCUCCAAUAUUGGAGUUGAGCCACAUAUACAUAUCCAUCCCCUUAUUUUCUGAGAAAUUAUUAGAGAUGGUUUGUAUUCACAGAAAUGUUCUCCUUUUGAUUAUUGCUGUACUAUUGUUGGAGAAAUGGUUAGGAAAGUUUAAAAAAAAAAAAAAAAAAAAAAAAUGAAUGAGUGAAGGGUGAAAUUUUGUGCUUUUGGAAUCUGCAAAUAUGUGUGCGCAGUCUUACUAUAUGUAUGCAGAUUUAGUGAAUGAAGGGAGUGAAAAAAAAUGUGCAGCAGAAAAAAAAAAAAAAAAAAAAAAAGCUGCUAGUAAAAAAAAAAAAAAAUAAAUAAAAUAUUCGAAACAGAAAGAGAAGAUGAGUAAGCACGGUUCGUUGCAGAUUAUUUAGAUGCAGACUCAUAGAAAGCAAGAUUGUCUAGUGUAUAAUUUGAAGGCCUCUAAUAGUUUCUCAGGAAUUCUUUGAAUAUCCUAUCCGUUCUUUGUUUAGCCAUGUCCCUAGCCCCAUUACAACCCUAUAUAAGACCUCUAUGAUCUUGGGAGUUGUGUGGUACAAUUGUGGAGAAUAGAUAGAGAGGGAACUAUGGGGUGUAGUCCGAUAUUCUCAAUGGUGGUUGGUAUCUUUUCAUGAGAUCUAUUUUAUUUUACCAGAAAAAGCUAUUUUUCAUGACUAUAUGUGAGACUCUUUGCAUCCAUGUACAUCAAUUCUUCUCACAUAUGCAUUGAGAGAAACACCUAACCAACUUCUGAGCGAUUUUAUUCUGAGUGAUAUAUCCUAUGUGAGAGUUGAAGUUGAGGCUUGCUUAUGAUGAUUUGGUUUGUGUCGAAACUGGGAUCUGGAAUGGUACUGAUUGUGGCUGGGCAGUUUUGGGUGUUUAUGAGUUGAGUCUGGCACUUGGACAACGUGUGGAGCUCUUGCUCAGUCUUCUUUUAGCUCUCUGAAAUUAUGUUAGUGGAUGAUUUGAUUCUGUGUUGACAUAUUUUUGUUUGGUAUCUCUGAGUUUAAUGAUGGGAAGUAGUAAUCUCUUGGAAUUGAUGUUUGUGGGUAUCAUCCCUGGAAAACCCUCACGAGACUAUAACUCGUCUGCUAAGGAAUUCUUAGUGGAAUUAAAGGCUUGUUGCAUAUGCUAAAUGCAAUCGUGAUCCCUACGAAAGUGGCUUAGGUAAUUUGUUUUUUUUUAGCAUUCUUUGAGUUGGAGAGUCGUUUCGAGUCGCUGUUAAUUGCUAGAGACUAGCAAUAAGCUAGUUGGGGGGUGUGAUAAGUGGUCAAAAGUGCAUUCAUAUCUUCAUAAUUGCUUAACUAUUGAGUAAUUUAUUGGCCUAAUUUAAUCUAACUAUAUCAUAUUCUUGCUUUAUUAGGUCUGGGACUUGGAUGUGGACAAGUUGACUUUAUCGGUCAAGUGCUUUGUAUAAUUAUCUUUUGGGAGGAGAUAAGUGUUCCCACGUGCCUAGCUCUCCAUUCUUUCUUCUACAUAUUGGAAGGCACCUUCCCUUGCCUUGCCGCAGCCCAAUAUCACCAAAUACCCAGAAUCAAUAAACCUUAAUUAAGGGGGAGUGAAGGAAAUUGAAUAAGUAUGAAGAGCCCAAUCUCCGUGAAAUUAGAGAACCAAGAUCGACAUCAUAUCAAGAUGGAAGGAGAUCUCCCAAUUAAACCAGAUUCUGAGAAGAAGUGGAAAGCAAUUAAACUUCAUCAAAUGGCUCCUAGUAUUUUGGGGAUUGGAUUCUUCUUCAGAUUUUCUUGGGGGCAAAAGUGAAAGGUUAUAAAGAGAGGUUGGAGCAGAUUUCUCUUCUCUCUUCUUUUCCUUCAACCACAGUUCAUCCUCUGCGUUGUACUCUUCCAAACUCAUGGAUCAUUUUGUUGCUUUCAUUUUUCUUAUGGAGAACUAAUCUCCUAGCUAAGGCUAGGGGAGAAACCUUGGAUUUCCUAUGUAGUUUUUAUUAGUUCGAUUCGACAAGAACUUCAAUGCAAAUUCAGUUUUUGGAUGUUCAAUUUUAA